AUGAGUGGGGACGGCGUCAACAGAGAAGACGAUGGCCUUCCCCCGCCGCAAGACGCGCAGGCUGUUGUGCAGGCUUCUUCGGCCUCGGAACGACGGCGCCGCCCGCAGCGGGCGAGCAACCCCGCCAGGCUACGGCUCAGCGAGCUGCUGUCGAACAACUUGGUCUCCGCCGGAAAAUACGCGACGGGGAGGACCAUCGACCCCCGCAAGCCGGACCCAUCCAUGCCGCAAGCCUGCAUGCCGAGAAUAAAGCACAAGGCGAUGUCCGCCUCCCUGACGCUUCCCCUGGGCAAGCGGCAGGCCGAGAGGCUGAAGGCGGCCCAGGUCAACGCCGGCCAGGAGCGGGACGUCAACGUGGACGGAGUCCCAGAGACGAGGCUUCCCUGGGCGGUGCGGCCGGAUGUUGAUUUCAAAAUCGUGAACCACAAGGCGUGGUCCACCGGAGUCGUGGCCCCCGUGGUUGCACAGGUCAAGGAGGCGCUGGGGUUCGGGGAGUGGGAGGUGGAGGCGUCCCUGAGCGAGAUGCUUCUUUGCGAGGAAGACUGCUUCUAUAGCGAGGGCCGUGAGUGCGACGAGUCACCGGGGGUCUUCGCGACGCUCAUGUUUCAGAUGACCUCCGUAGUGCAAGGAGGCGUGUUUACGGUAUUCGACCCGUCAUCAUCGCCACCGGAAUCAUCUCGAUCCCCAUUGGCCGACGCUGGGAAUGGUUCUAUCGCGUCCGAGGAUGACGGCAAGGGUGGGCGUAGCAUUUCUUUUUCAGUGCCGGGCGAGACGGCCGUCGCGACGAGGAGCGCGGCGAGCACGCACGCGCUCUGGCCCCGGGCGGAGGCCGAUGCCGUCCGGAGAAAAGCGGCGGUGUUCGUUGAGCCGCCCGCGGUGCCGCAGCCGGCCUCCGCCGAGCAUAUCGCGGACAUCGUCCAAGCUGUUCGGAGCUGGGCGGCGGCGGGGGCAGCAGCAUCCGGAGGGGGCGAAGACGAUGUCGUUGUUCCCUCGAAGCUAGUCGUGGCACUCUCGCACCACUACCCGCCGUUGUGUUGGGCGUCAGAAGGAGGCGGAGGCGACCUGGUCGGCAUGUCCCUCCUGAAGGGGCGCGACCGAGCCGUCUGCAACCUCUUGCGCCUAGCGCGGCAGGCCCUGGCCACGGACCCGGCUGUGCCAUCAUCCGAGGGGGCCGGCGGAGGAGAAACGGCAGGGGCGAUGGAGGUGGAUACGGAGAAAGUGAAAGGGUUGGGGCGAGCGUCGGCGGCGGGAGCGGGAGCGGGAGCGGCAGCGGCAGCGGCAGCGGCGGCGUCGCCGUCGACAGCACUGGAUGCCGGGGGUGGGAAGGACGGGGGGAGAUCAGAUGGUGCUGGUUCUGCAACGUGGAACGGAGAGAGCGGCGUUCGAGAUGACGGGGCGGCCCUCGAGAUAUUUUUGACGCGAUUGGUGGUGUCGCACGGUAGCGAGAACGAGGGGGCUUUCACCACGGGGCCCCUUGUGCCCCUCCAGCCUGGGGACCCCGAAGCUCAGGUCAGGUCAGGGGUUCGAAUCCCGGCGUAGGCGAGCUUUUCUUGCAAAGUGAGUUUUUCUCUCGCUUCCGCUCCUGGCCAAGUGGAUAGCGCUAGUUCGUGUGUACACAGAGGGAAGAGAGUGCUGAACUCUUCUCGCAUUAAAAAUUGAAGGCGAAGUACCGCAGGAGGGGAGGGUAGAGAGAGGCUCUUCUGUGUGACCACGGGUUGGAAUAAACGGCACUAGUGCUGUGAGCGCUGAUUUGAAGUG